ACCUUUUUUCCCCAUGCCAUGCGCAUUCAGUAGUAGCCCGCAAACCUAUCUCCAGUCUUCUUUGCAGGUUUUUUUGACCUUUUUGAUUUUGAACUUUGCUGCUGCUACUGGUGUGGUUGGUGAGGGAGAGGGAAGGGACGGGGUAAAAAGGCCUAAAAGAUUCUUUUUUCCUGACCAAUCGGUAUUUGUUUGUUUUUUGUUUUAGCGUCUCAUGAAACCCAGUUUUCCUUUGAUAAUUUCUCUAUCCUGUAUGUAAGUUGCUGAGGGGAGACUCAAGUGGAGCCAUGGGAUGGGAUAUUUGUUUCUCAUCAUUUUUCAAGCUGAGGUUUUUACAAGUGAACAUGUAAACGUGGAGUCUUUGCUUUGUGUUAUUCUGGUCCGUGUUGAUUGUAAGGCAUCAUUAAAAGGAACAAGUCUUUUAGAAGACACACCAGUCCGCGUAAUGGGUUCCUUUGUUGAAGAGAAGAUGAAAACAGGAGUGUUCGGUAAUGGAUGGGCAGAGGCUACUUUGCUCGAGGAGAUGAAGUUACUGAAAGAAAUGCAACAUCAGUCUGGGAGCAGGAAGGCAAUAAAUUCGGAGUUAUGGCAUGCCUGCGCAGGUCCACUUGUUUCGUUGCCUCAGGUGGGGAGUCUAGUUUACUACUUCCCUCAAGGACACAGUGAACAGGUAUCAGUGUCCACAAAAAGAAUGAUGACCUCUCAAGUUCCCAACUACCCGAAUCUUCAAUCUCAGUUGAUGUGCCAAGUUCACAAUGUUACACUACAUGCAGACACAGAAACAGAUGAAGUUUAUGCUCAAAUGAGUCUUCAACCAGUGAACUCUGAAAAAGAUGUGUUUAAUAUACCAGACUUCGGAGUGAACCCGAACAAGCAUCCAAAUGAAAUUUUCUGCAAAACUUUGACUGCAAGUGAUACAAGUACACACGGUGGCUUUUCAGUGCCACGUAGGGCAGCAGAGAAGCUCUUUCCUCAGCUGGAUUACACAAUGCAGCCCCCAUCUCAAGAGCUUGUUAUGCGAGACAUACAUGAUAAUACUUGGACGUUUCGCCACAUAUACCGCGGGCAACCAAAGCGACAUCUUCUUACAACUGGGUGGAGUUCGUUUGUUGGAUCCAAAAGGCUUAGGGCAGGCGAUUCCAUUCUCUUUAUCAGGGAUGAGAAAUCACAGUUAUUGGUGGGAAUUAGGCAUGCCAAUCGUCAUCAAGCAACUUUGCCAUCAUCAGUUUUAUCUGCAGAUAGUAUGCACAUUGGUGUCCUUGCUGCUGCUGCUCAAGCUGCUGCAAAUAGAACCCCAUUCACAAUCUUCUACAAUCCAAGAUCCUGUCCUUCUGAAUUUGUCAUCCCCAUGGCUAAAUACUGUAAAUCUGUUUACGCAACUCAAGUCUCAGCUGGUAUGAGGUUUGGAAUGAUGUUUGAAACAGAAGAAUCCGGAAAACGUAGAUAUAUGGGUACAAUAGUUGGCGUUAGUGACUUGGAUCCUCUGAGAUGGCCUGGCUCGAAGUGGCGAAACCUUCAGGUUGAGUGGGAUGAACCUGGAUGUCAUGAUAAACAGAAUAGGGUCAGCCCAUGGGAAGUUGAAACUCCUGAAAGCCUCUUUAUUUUUCCUUCUAUAAAUUCAGGACUCAAGCGACCAUAUCCUUGGAUUUUGGGAGCAGAAUCUGAAUGGGGAAACUUGAUCAAUAGGCCUCUUCUCCAGUUUCCUGAAAAUGGAAGUGGGAAUCUUCCUUACCCAAUCUCAAACUCAUAUUCCAAGCAACUGAUGAAGAUGAUGCUGAAGCCUCAUCUUGUUAACCAUCCUGGAACUUUUUCAUCCACUUCACAACAAAUCUCUGCUGCAAAGGGAUCUCCAUUAAAGGAGAUGAAGAAUGUGCAAUAUACAAGCAAUCAGGAACCUCAGCUUAUGCAAUCAGAAAAUUUGUUGAUAGAAAAACCAAAUCCUUCCCAGUUAGCCCUUGACCAACCUGAUCCCAUCAACUCAAAUUUGCUGAAAAUAAAUGCUAACGGGAAUCCACAUCCCGCAAACGAGUUUGAAGGCCAAACACAAGCCAGGUGUAAUAACAAAAAAUUAAAGUCGGAACCAGAACAUUCAACUGAUCAGUUAAGUCAGUUGAACUCGACAUUGGAAUGCACUGAGGAUAAAUUGGUGGCAAAUACUAUAAGUCCAACUAUUUGCAACAAACUUUCUUUCCCUAACAACAACCAGACUCCAUCCCAAUUGCAAAACAAUCCAUGUCCAAUUCAGUCACAGUUUGAACCAUCACUCCUCCAAGCUCAUCAGAUGCAGGUUUCUCAAGCUGAUAUUAGUAGUUUAAGCAGCUAUCUUCCUUUCUUCAACACCGAUGAAUGGGCAACAAUCCUUCCUUCUUGCCAAUCUAUUGCCGGGGUUUAUGGAUCACCUGGUCCCAUACCGCUAGUCGGGUUACAAGACUCCUCAGCUGCUUUUCCUGAGGCAACUAAUCCUACUUUAACUACUAGGAGUGAAGUCACAUGGGAUAGUCAGCUGUACAAUUGUAGGUCUUCAUCCCAAGCCAACGAAUUAUGUUCAUUCGCUCAGCAAGACCCAUGUUCUUUUAAUUCUGGUAGUAUAAGAGAUUUGUCCGAUGACAGCAAUAGUAAGAGUGGGAUAUACAGCUGUUUUAGUAAUAAUGGUAGUACUGUGAUUGAUCCUUCUGUUUCCAACGUCAUUCUGGAAGAGUUGUGUUCAUUGAAGGAUGCUAAGUUUCAAAAACCUUCUGAUAGCUUGGUUGGAAACUUUAGUUGUAGUCAGGAUGUUCAGUCUCAGAUUACCUCUGCUAGCCUUGCAGAUUCUCGGGUUUUCUCUCGACAAGACAUACCAGACAGCUCGGGUGUCACGUCUUCGAGCAAUGUUGAUUUUGAUGAGAAUGGCCUUCUGCAGAAGACUUCAUGGCAGCAAAUCACCCCGCGACUAAGAACAUAUACAAAGGUUCAAAAGGCAGGAUCCGUUGGAAGGUCAAUUGAUGUCACUAGUUAUAAGAACUAUGAUAAAUUACUCUCUGCAAUUGAAUGCAUGUUUGGACUUAAGGGGCUGCUUAAGGAUCCGAGAGGUUCAGGGUGGAAAUUGGUAUACGUGGAUCAUGAGAAUGAUGUUCUACUUGUUGGGGAUGAUCCUUGGGAACAAUUUGUUGGGUGUGUCCGCUGCAUCAGAAUUCUAUCCCCUACAGAAGUACAGCAGAUGAGUGAGGAAGGGAUGAUGCUUCUCAACCGUGUCGGUUCCACAGUGCAAGGCCCCAUUUCUGAAGUUUGCAAUGCUCCACCUAAGAAUGAACCGUAGAGAUUAGCCGACACCAAGAAUGCUCCUUUGUUUAUUUGGAGUUGAAAAAAGAGUCUCGGACUGCUGCAACAAUAUUCUUGGUUGUUCAUACGGUUGCCAUUAGUAUACCGGCUUGUGAUGCGGGUGCUCUUUUUCGUUUUCACUUGGGAGAGGUGGAAAUAUGAUAUAGGAAUUUAAAAUACAUAUUUUAGCAGGAAGUGAACUUGAGCAUACAGUAUUUUCCAAAAUAAGAACUCAAUGCAUGCUGGUGAUUGUUGACAUAA